AUGUCAACUGAUAACUUAUUUGAAGAUAUCGAACAAGAUAAUAAUCCAUCCUUUUAUGGGAAUCCUUCUAUAUUAAAUGAUCCAUAUCGUCCGACUCAACAGCAACAGCAACAACAACAAAAACAAAAACAAUAUCAUGAAAGUGAAAACAAACAAUCAUAUAACAAAUCCCCCAAACCGCCACACCAAUCAAUAAACUCUGUUCCUUCAAAUUCCCAUCCUCAUCAACAACAUAAACAUAAUAUCCUGCUUAAUAAUGGAUAUCCCAAUGAAUUAGUUAAUAGUACCAUUGGACUAUCAAACAGAAUUCUUGAAUUAUUAAAUGAUUCUGAAUUGCAAGUGGAUAUAAUAAAUUCAGAAAAACUUGUCAACUCAUCAGUUAUUGUUUACACUAUAGAAUUAUCAUCACCAACAACGAAAAUAGUGGUGAAAAGACGAUAUAGUGAAUUUAAAUCGUUAAGAGACAAUUUAUUAAAAUUAUUCCCGACUUUAAUUAUUCCUCCAAUUCCAGAAAAACAUUCAAUUUUAAGUUAUUUAUUAAAUACAAUUAAUCAUUCCCAUGAAAUUUCUAUAAUUGAAAUGAGAAAACGGUAUUUUAAAAUGUUUUUAGAUGAUUUGAUAUUCCAACUGGAUACUAAAUUAAAGAAUUGUCCACUUUUGCAUAAAUUUUUUGAUCCAAAUUAUGAAUUAUGUUGGUAUAAUGCAUUGAAUGAACCACCAGUAAGUCUUAUCCCUGAUAAUUUAUUAUUAGCUAAUCCAAUCAAUCCAGCUGAUCAAAAUGGAUUAUAUUCAUUAUUACCAAUUGUAAAUGGAUUUGAUUUCAAUUCUCAUAUUGACAAUUUAUCUAAUUUGAAAAAAAUCAAUGAAGAUUUAUAUAAAUUAAAUGAUCAAGUGAAAUUAUAUGAAUUGAAAGGAUUUGAACAAGAUUUGAAGUUUUCUAUCCCAGAAGAAUUAAUUCAAUUUGAAAUUAAAUUUCAUCAAACUAUUAAGAUUUUAACCGAUUUAAAUAAAUUAAAUUCAAAAACAACGAAAAAUUAUAAAAGUAUGGUUGAUACUUUGAUUGAUUUAGGUGGUAAUUUAAAUAAUUUUUCUUUACAAGUUUAUCAACAGAAAUCAGGUAGUAAUAAUGAAUUACUGGAAGCAAUUGAGAAAUUUGGUUCGACAAUGGAUCAAUCAUUUCUUAAUUUUGAAAGUUUUAUUUUGAAUCAAUUGGUCCCACAAUGGCAAGAACCAGUAGAUCAAUUGAUAUUAUACCUUCAAAAUUCUUUAGGAUUGAUAAAAUUCUACAAGUAUAAGAUUGUUCAAUUUAAAAUCUUGUAUAAACUCAAAUUUAACAAGUUUCAACAAUUGAUAAAUUUAACUAAUAUUGGUGGCGGUUUAUCAGUUGCAAGAAAAUCAAUUGAUAAUAACAGCAAUGGCAAUGGCAAUAGCAAUGGCAAUAGCAAUGAAGAAGAAGAAGAAGAAGAAAAUUUAGAUACAGAGAAUUUUGAUCAUUUAAAGGAAUUGAACAGUCCAACAAUCAAUAAUGCAUUGAAAAACUUAUCUGCAAAAAAGAUAUCUAAAAAAUCAUCAUGGUAUGGAUUGUUUGGUGGGAACAAUCAAACCAAAAAAUUUAAUUUCCAACUCCCAGUUGAAGAAUCAACAACUUCAACAUUAUCUUCAGGUGAUCAACAACUGGAACCACCUCAUUCACCACAAAGAGAACAACAAUCAUCCUCACUGGCUCAUCAACUGCAUCAAACCUCAAUCAGGUUCAAACUUAAUCAUAUAGAAAAAGAAUUGAAUAAACUCAAUCAAUUGAUAGAAUUGUGUAAUCUUGAUAUGCAUAAAUUGACUCAAGCUUUAGUCACUACUUUUGAAGAAUUUUUACUGAAAAUAGAAAAGAAAUGGUUACAAUUAAUGAUAACUUAUAUUCAAAAUUGUAAAAACAUGUUUGAAGCAAAUUUAACUAAUUGGAAAGAAUUUAAAGAAUCUUUAGUUAAUGAAACUAGAGAAGUGAAUUAG